GCCAAGUAGUGCAAUGUCGUUAAAAUUUUCAAAAUAAUCUUAAAAAAAAGGUCCAGUUUUCAAUCAAAAACCCAAUAAAAAUGGGAUUUUCCGCAUCGUAGAGGUAACAUGGACCUGACGCAAGCGAUAAGACAACCGUAAACGGUGUGUUUUUGUGAUAAAGUCGAUUUUAUCGGGAAUUGGCGGGAGUCGCACACACAUCACAAAACGCCUCGGCGAUGGUAAUGGCCGAUUUGUUGUAUUCCAGCUCGUCUUCCUGAGAAAUGAACCCUAAAAAUUGAUAAAUCGGGGGGCCUUGUUCUGUAGUCAAAAAUGACUUCAGUACAAAAAGCUUCAAAUUACCAUCUCCCCAAAAAAUGUCUGGACGAGGUGACCCCUGACAGCACCACCACGCAACAAAAUGUUGCUGAUUUUAAUCAGGGCCAAGAGGUGUUGGCCAAGCAAAAAGAUGGAAGGUAUUAUUUGGGUACGAUAGUUGAAGUGGACAUUGUCAGGGAACAAUGUUUAAUCAAAUAUGGAGAUAACACGCAACAUUGGUCAAUUUUUAAGGAUUUGACCAAACUAAGUACAGGAUUAGAGCAAGAAGACUUACUUUGUGUAAUUUGCAAAAAAACCUCACCAAAAAGCGAUAAAUUAAUUAGCGUUUGUGAUCGGUGCGGUAGAGGUUAUCACAAGAAAUGUCAUCAGCCUGAAAUAACUACUAGUCAAAAAGAAGAUUCCAAUAAUUGGAUAUGCAAAAGAUGCACAGACAUCGAUCCAAAUAGACUGAGAAAAAGCGAUUCCAAGCCACCAUUUAGAAGAGACUCUAGAAACUCUACUGGUUCUACUACUCAGGAACUUAUGCCUUCUUCUACAACACCCAAAGUAUUAUCUUAUGAUUUAAGCUCAUUAAACUGGGAUACAUAUCAUCGCGUCAAUACCGAGCAAAUCUACUGUUAUUGUGGUACCACUGGAGAGUGGUACAAGCAAAUGUUGCAGUGCUGGCGCUGCAAACAAUGGUUUCACGAAAAGUGCAUUGACAGUUUGCAAUUUCCUUUAUAUUGCGGAGACAGGUUUUAUGUGUUUGUGUGUGCAAUUUGCAAUCACAACAAAGAAUUCGUCAGAAGAUUGGAAAUAAAAUGGGUGGAUUUGGUGCACUUGAUGCUAUACAAUUUGACAGUGCACCAUUGCAAAAAGUAUUACGAUUUGGACAGCGUCGUGAUUCCUUAUAUUAGUGAUAAUUGGCAUGCUUUACAGCUACCACCAAAGAUGGCAAAUGUUACAAACUCAGAACGUCGAGAGCAUAUUUUGUCAAUGCUAACAAACAACAGAAACAGAUUCAAGUGUGGCAGAGAAAUCAAAAAACGUACUACAAUAUGGGGUUUAAGAGUAAGACUACCACCUCCUGCUCCUGAUGGUGAUUUGCCUCCACCUCACAGAAGAAUUACAGAAGCAGAAUUAAAAGAGUUUUGGCAAGGAAAUAGGCGGUUGCAAUUUUUAUGUCCACUUUCUUGUCCGAAUGGCAGGAAAAUUGUCCAAUCUGAUACAGUUAUGAGAAAUCUUAUGUUGGGGGUGGCUUAUCAGCAAGCUAGCAAUCAUAGUGAAACUGAAUCGCCAUGUUCUAGUCCCGAGAUUGAAAAGGAAGAAAGGGUUGUCCCACUUCCACCAUCCCUUGCAACAACCAAAUUACCAAACAACAAAGACCAAUACCUGGGGGCGGGCUGCGCGAAAAAAACAGCCCCCUUCAAAAAAAUGAGCCUGCAACGUCGCAAAAAACUACUGGCAAUGACCAAUCGGGAACGCGAACGUAUUUUGAAAAGACCCCGCCGCCUUGUCAAUACCGCCAAAGAGCCUGAAGAUCAAAAACCCUCCAUAGAAAUGCCCCCUACACCUCCUACUAGUGUAUCUGCGCCUCCUACACCUCCAGCUUCUACGCACCAAUCAGAUUGCAGCAACGAGUUUUCUGAAGGUUCUGGCCAGACAAAAAUUCAAACGAAAAAGAAAAACGUGAUUGAUUUGGAUAUAAACACUCCUUGUGACACUUCAAGCGAUGAGACUUCCUCUAAAAGCACGUUAGAUUUAAUAAUACCGCCCCCAAAAGACUUUGAAGGCAAGAAUAAUCCGUUUUUGACCCUUAUGAGAAUAGGCACCGAGGAUGCGAACAAGAAAAAGAAGGGCAAGGAAAUAACACUGCCGCUACCUCUCAAAACUGUGAUACCAGGUGAACCUGUAAUGAGACCAAUGAAACGUCAGCUGAGCGAGAAAGAUAUAAUCGUCGGGCCGAACGGCGAGGUCAAGAGAAAGAAGAGAAGCAGACGACAACAGAAUCAGAAAGUUGUCAAUUACGGGGUCGGUCAAACUGCUAGUAAAACUGCAGCAGUUAUGCCCGCUAAACCCAUUGACUCUAACCAAUUAGGUAAUCAUGUGGAUUAUACACUUAACACGCACACGCGUCGUUUGCGUCCACUACCUGAAAGAUUACCAGACAAAGAACAGCAAGCAUCAACCUCCAAACAAAUCAGCCCAAAACCGAGUCCGGUGAAAACUGAGCCUGCAAUCGACUUGGACGAAUUGAAAACUUCAGUUAGCAUGUAUUUUGGCGCUGCUUAUAGGAUAGUGGGAGGCGAGCGGUAUUCGCUUAAAGCCAGAAGAAUCGGACCAACAGGCAAGUUGGAAUGUUUAAUCGAAUGGAAGGGUCCAGAAGACAAAUCUCAGGGUAUGACUUGAUUUGUUUAGUGUAUAUGUUGUUAAACUGGCUAUAUUGUUUUCUAUCAAAGAAUUUUUUAAAUGGUAACAUCAAGUCUUUCUACUUUCUACCCAAACGAUCAAUUUUGUAUAGUCAGUUUAAUUAGGUAAUAAUUAUUAGUGUCACAAAACAAGCAACGAUUAACCUCCAUUUUUUAUAACUGCCACCUUUAUUCACUGCCAACGUUAUACGUUUUCUUUAUAUAAAAUAAUGGGGAACAUUCUUCAAUUUUGUUAGGGUAAGUAAAUUAAUUUAUUGUUGGAAUUUUAAUCAUUGAAGUACAUAGUAUGUUUAAUUUUUUUUUUCAAAAAAUCAAAAUAUUGUUUUAGAACAGGGUAAAGAUGCAAGUGAAUUUUAAUGCAUCUUUAUGAAAAUCGUUUAACUGUGAUUCUCAAUUUUUUAUCUUUUUUUUUUUGCUUUUUAUACCACUUUAUUGUCUCCACUGUGUAAAUAUUCACUUGC